AGCGCUUAUCUAAAAGGGACCAAGCGCCAAAUUGCCAUUUCUGACCUAAAUAUAUCAACUACCUGAUAAUAUUAAACUUUGUUUAUCUAAAAAGUCUCAAACACCAACUGAACGUCAGAGACCUCUUUUGGCAAAGGUUACCAAGUUGCGUGUUAUGAAUUACAGGAAUCUGUUUAUCUCUAAACGGAUCCAAGCGACAAAAGAUUUAUCUUGUCGCUUGGAUUUCUUUUGACAUUCUUCAUUUCAAUCAUUUGGUUUUCUUUUGAUUAACGUGUUUUCGUAAACUGCUUCUGAUAAUCCUGUUUAAGUGGUGCUAAAAUAUAUAAAAUGAGCGGAAGAAGUGCUUUGAUUUUGAAUAUGGCCUUAAUCCAACCAGAUUGUGGAUUGGAUAAUGACAUAGAGACUAAACAGCCAAACAACUGUAUGGACGGUGUCAGAACAAAUAACCCCACUGUUGAUUUGCCACAGCCAUCCACCGAAAUUAUUUCAAUGACAACUUCGAUAAACAACUGUUUGGAAGCAAACUGUGCUAAAACAAAUAAUAUCGAAAUCCAAUUAUUAGAUUUGCAACAAGUGCCUGGUGAAACAGACAGUUCGAAAACUGAGGUUCCUUGUUUUACCGCCUCCAUUGAUUGUAUGCCAGACGAAGAUAAUGAGCUCCAUUUUACCGAUUUUGAAGACUCGGGUAGUGAAUUUGACCCGAAAGAAGCCAUAGCUGAUGAGUCUGACUCUACAGACCAAGAACAAGAAGACGAACAAGAAGACAAACAAGAAGACGAACAAGAAGACGAACAAGAAGACGAACCACAACACCACACUCGUCAAACAAGUCGGCCAAAGAAAGGAAGAGUUGCAAAAUAUCCCGGGCAGACUUUUAAAUCUAGAAAAAAAUUAAAAGACGGCAACAAAAAACACUACACCGUUAAAGGAAUAUUGAAGGAACCAAAACAAUAUAUCGACUUUCAGUGUAAAUGUACAUUAAAAUGUAAUGAACACGUUUUAUCCUCCAUAAGAGAAAAAUGGUUUCAACAAUUCUGGGGUCUUGAAUCCUAUAAUGCCCAAACAGCCUUUAUUGCUGCUACAAUAAAAGUACAAGGCAUAAAAAGAAAGAGAAACAUAGAAAGCAACAGAAGACAAAACACCAGGAUAUAUGAAAUAAAUAAUGUAAGGGUAUGCAGAGAUAUGUACAUACAGACGUUGAGAAUUUCUCCAAAAAGAGUAAACACUGCGUUAAACAAAAUCAAGGCCGGAAAUGUUAAGGACGAAAGGGGUUUUAAAAUUGGUGGGCAUAACAGGAUAUCACAAGAAAUCAAAAAUAAAGUUAUAAGCCAAAUAGCUAAAUUUCCUACAUAUAUUUCACAUUACUGUAGGAAUGAAACAGAUGCAAGAUUUUUGGCCACAGAUUUGACACUUAACAAAAUGUAUAACUUAUAUAAUGAAGAAGAAACUAAUGAUAAGAUCGGAUUCUCCACAUACAAGACAAUUUUUUACGAAAAUUUUAACCUACGGCGCAAACCCCCUGUAAAAGAUACAUGCAACGUAUGCGACUCUUUUAAUAUUAAAAUUAAAAAUAAGGAUCUUUUAGAAGAACAAUAUAAAUCUGAGCAUGAAAAUCAUCUACUAAACUCAAAAGAUGCACGCGAAACGAUGAAACGAGAUUUGGAGCAAGCAAAAAGUAAUCGUAAACUUGAAGUUGUAACAUACGAUAUGGAAAAGGUUUUGGGUUUACCGAAACUACCAACUAAUUUGGUGUAUUAUAAACGGCAACUUUCACUUUACCAUGAAGGAGUACAUGUAGGAUCAACCAACACACCAUACUGCUUUAUAUGGACAGAAAGUAUGGCUGGUCGUGGAGCUCAGGAAGUAGGAUCCUGCUUAAAAAAAUUUGUUGAUAAUUAUUUGGCUGAAGGAAAAGAACAACUAAUUUUAUGGUCCGACUCGUGCGGUGGGCAAAAUAGAAACAUAAAAAUUGUGUUAAUGUUGAAAGCUGUCCUAGAAACUCACCCUUCUUUAAAAACUAUUUACUUUAAAUAUUUGAUUCCCGGCCAUAGCUUCCUUCCAAAUGACACAGAUUUUGGGGAAGUUGAAAGAUCGCUAAAAUACCAAAUACGCUUGUAUACGCUUAAUGAAUUUAAACAAGUCUUAGAGAAUUGCUCUAAGAAAAAGAAGUUCGUUGCAUGUGAAAUGACGAAGGACGACUUCUUUGGCACUUCACAAAUUGAAAAAUCUAUAACUAACAGAAAAACAAAUAUUAACAACGAAAAAAUCAGUUGGCUUAAAGCUAGAGUAAUAAUGUUAGAUAAAGAUCAUCCUCAGUCCAUUUUUAUGAAAUAUUCUCACAAAGAGAGCGAAGAAUUUAAAGAAAUAAAUAUAAAAAAGAUUACCAAAGGUAGACCUUCCGAUAAUAAUAACAGUUUUUUUUGCAUCCAAACUUUUUAAACUCUAUCCAGACGGGAAGGAAUUAUCACAAAAAAAAAUUGCUGAUCUUAAAACGUUGAUGUCGUUUGUACCAAAUGAUGUAAAACAUUUUUAUAGAGAUUUAAGAGGUGCGAAUUUUGAAGAUGACGUAGAAGGAUUUGGCGAGACUAUUGACUUUGAUGUGGAAACGCUUAAUGAAUGUUGACAUGUUAUUAAAAAAGGUUAUAAUUGAAUGGUACGAACAACUACUUAUUAAUGUUCUGUUAUUUAAUAAAACGAUCCAAGUAAACAGUAGUUUUAUAUAAAAAGAUCCAAAUCCUAAAAGUAGCAUUUAAACAGAAUCACAUACAUUAUUUAGAUUUUAUCAAAAAAGAACCAAGCGCCAUUUCAUACUACAACAAAGAGAAAAACUAUUUUAUUAUAUUUUUUUAUAUAAGACAAAUAUCUAAACUCAAUCUUUCUCCUAAAAAAAUUGAGAAAAUUAAAAAAUAAUGAAAUGUCGAUUUUUAAAGCUGUUAAGUUUUUAAUCUUAUUUUACUCAAAACUGCAAAAUGGCUGUUGGUACCUUUUAGAUAAGCGCUAUCCAUUUGUAAACAACA